GGCAGCUAGUAAAAUCCCUCCCAGCCCUAAUCCCUCAGUCGUGCCUGUGUAUGUUGAUGCUCUUUACAUUUUUAGGGCAAAAAGACUAGACUAGAUUUUUUCAGGCUACAAGUGAAUUUUAAAGAAAGAUCUGGUGUGUGACUGGGAGCUUCAACUCGUUUUGUCCUGGAGUGAAGAGAGGACCUUACAGGAAUUUGGAAUUACCACUAACAGCACCAUAAGAAGCACAACAUGGAGCAGAAGUUACUGAUGAAACAGACACGUUUUGUUUUAUUGGGACAGUCACACCUGAAUAGGCUGCACUGCAAAUCAUACAGACUGAUGUUAUAUUAACAGUUAGAAAAGCUGGUCUAGUAGGCCAAGAUGGCUGACCACUACCAGAACAACAUAUACAACCAAGGAGACUACCCUCUUCAGGAAGACGAUGCAGCAAGUGAUGUGACUGAAGGACAUGAUGAAGAGGAUCAGAUGUAUGAAGGAGAAUAUCAAGGGAUUCCACAUCCUGAUGACACAAAGGCUGCACAGAGAGCUGCAUGGGCUAAACCUCAAACAGGUAGCAGUGCAGCAUCUGAUCUAGAGGAGUUAUCUGAGCAGUAUGAGUACAUCAUGGAAGAAUGUGGUCAUGGGAAAUUCCAGUGGAUGCUCUUCAUAGUGCUGGGCCUGGCUCUAAUGGCUGAUGGAGUUGAGUGUUUUGUGGUUGCAUUUGUUCUACCGUCUGCAGAAAAGGACCUGUGUCUGUCCAAUGCAGAGAAAGGAAUGCUGGGUCUCAUCGUUUUCCUGAGCAUGAUGGUGGGAGCAUUUCUGUGGGGAGGACUGGCAGACAAAGUUGGCCGUCGGCAAUGUCUGAUUCUGGCAUUAUCUAUAAACUGUAUCUUCGCAUUUAUGUCUUCCUUAGCUCAGGGUUACAGCUUCUUUCUCUUCUUCAGACUUCUUUCUGGCAUUGGUAUUGGUGGCACAGCACCGAUCGUGUACUCGUACUUCUCAGAGUUUCUUCAGAUGAACAAGAGAGGAGAGCAUCUGUCCUGGUUGUGUAUGUUCUGGAUGAUUGGUGGGAUCUAUGCUUCAUUCACUGCCUGGGGAAUUAUACCCAGAUAUG